AUGGGCCAGAAACGAAAGAGAGAUGCUCCCGUUGCGGUCGCCGACAACCUGUCCAAGCUGUCGCUUAAACCCGCAACUACAACAUCCUUCCAGAUCAUUGCUGGCAGCUACGACCGGGUACUUCACGGCCUCCGAGUAACUGUUCCGCCCUCUGUUACUAUUGGCACCGGCACCGGCACUGUUGUCAAUGAUUCCACAGAAACAGCCUCUUUCACUCCGUUGUUCCUCUUCACAGCUCACGCCUCGUCCAUCCGUUGCCUUGCUGUCUCUCCUCCUUCGGACGGCAACGGUGGUACAAGCAAGAGAAUCCUCGCAACGUCUUCUCCAGAUACCAAAAUAAACCUCUACCACUUACACACCCGUACAAACCUGGGUACUCUCGCCCCUCCCUCAGCAUCUCCAACAACUUCUCUCGUUUUCCCGUCAAAAUCCACCUUAAUAUCCACCGAUGAAGCUGGAUACAUCCACAUCUUCAAAACUCGAGAUUGGUCUCUUCUUAGUAGUCUUCACUGCCCUACUCCAAAACCAAAACCAGGUCAGAUAUUAACCGGCGGAGGAGUAAACUCUAUUGCUGUUCACCCGUCUGGAAAACUCGCUUUGAGCGUAAGCCGCCAUGAGAAGAUGGUUAGGAUGUGGAAUUUAAUGACGGGGAGAAAAGCUGGUACCUUGGUGUUCCCAAAGUCGAUACCAAGGCUGGUGACCGGCGUUAGUGGUGAAGGACUCAAAGUCGUUUGGAGACCCGGUGGAAAGGAGGGAUAUGCAGUCAUGUUUGAAAGAGGAGUCGUGCUCUUCGGCGUUGACAGUGUCGUCCACGGGAGCUUUACCACCACUCCAGUUUCGAAGGUCCAUCAGGUUAAAUUUUUGGAGGUAUCGCUUGGAGAAGGGCGUGAAGAACAAGAAUUAUGUGUUCUGGCAACAGAAGAUGGAAGGGUCGUGAUUUACCUGAUACCCAGGUCAGACAAGGGUAAACCAGCCGUGGAAGAGGAGGAUGAGGAGAAGGUGAAGGUGAAGGAAGACGGAGAAAAGUCAGAAGAUAUCAAACCAGUUCUCCUCGCAUCUAUCACACCUACGACUCCUGAUAAGACAAGAAUAAAGGACUUCGACAUCCUCCCUCACCCUUCCACAGCUCAAAAGUCGAAAUACUUCCUAACAACAGCAAACAGUGAGGGGAUUAUCCGCGUCUACUCUCUUGACUUUGCUCAAAUACAAAUCGGAGCGACUAAAAAGCAAAAAACUGGGGAGAAAGAAGCUGAAACAGAAGCCGUUAUCGAUGUCAAGGCGGAAGGGUUCGCGGUCAUGGCUGGAGAGUAUGAUACCAACAGGCGAAUAACCUGUCUAACAACCGCAGAAGUUGAAGACAGUGCAGCUGGUAUUGUGAAAGAUGAGAACGAUGAAGAAGAAGUCGAGGACGACGAUAGCGGUAGUGAUAGCGGCAGCGGUAGUGAAGUGGACGAAGAGGAGGAAGAAGAAGAAGGCGAAGAAUGGGGUGGUCUCGGGGAAGAUGAAGAGAUGAAAUAA